GGAGUUGUAGGGGUGUGAUGCCACAACCUGCUUAUAAAGGGGCGCACACGUUGAGGCUUUAAAGCAGUGCAUAACGCCCAAUUUUGCAGGUCAUUCACCACACACAGCCAGUCUUAGACAUGGAGUCGUUUAACGUGGUGGAGACGCUACAGCCUGCCGAGAGAGCGCUCUUCUGGGUUGGCGCACUAACCACGGCCUCGCUGACGCUGUGGCUGUUGUACAAGAUUCUCACUGGCUUUAGGAUAUGGGUGAUAGGAAACGGGGAUCUACUCUCACCCAAAUUGGGGAAAUGGGCAGUUGUGACGGGAGCCACAGAUGGGAUUGGGAAAUCCUACGCGGAGGAGCUUGCCCGACGAGGGUUCUCCAUGAUGCUCAUCAGCCGAUCUCAAGAGAAGCUCGACGACGUGGCAAAGUCUCUCGAAAGCACGUAUAAUGUGGAAACAAAGACCAUCGCAGUGGACUUUGGUCAUAAUGAUAUCUAUCCUAAAAUUGAAAAGGGUCUUUCUGGACUGGAAAUCGGAGUUCUUGUUAAUAAUGUGGGAAUCUCAUAUCCAUACCCUGAGUUCUUCCUGCACAUUCCUAAUUUGGAAAACUUCAUCGAUAAUAUGAUCAAUGUCAACAUCACCUCAGUGUGUCAAAUGACUCGUUUGGUGUUGCCCAGAAUGGAAGCUAGAGCAAAAGGUGCAAUUCUCAACAUCUCUUCUGCCAGUGGCAUGUUCCCCGUCCCACUGUUGACCAUCUACUCCUCUACCAAGGCAUUUGUGGACUUUUUCUCUCGUGGACUUCAAGCGGAGUAUAAGUGUAAGGGUGUCAUCAUCCAGAGUGUGUUGCCUUUCUUUGUGGCUACCAAGAUGACAAAGAUUAGGAAGCCGACUCUAGACAAACCUACCCCUGAACGCUACGUAGCUGCUGAACUGAACACUGUGGGACUGGAGGACCAGACCAACGGCUAUUUCCCUCAUGCUAUCAUGGGCUGGGUGACCACCGUCUUCGCCCCCAUCAAGCUGGUCAUCUAUCUGGGCUUGAAAUUGAACAAGUCCCAGCGUGGAGGCUACCUUAGGAGGAGAAAGCUGCGAUAGGAUGAGAACAUGGUGCGAUCGGACAAAAUGUUUUACCAAAUGUAUAUGCCGAGUUGAGUCCUCUCAAAUCUUUGAAAUACGUGUCACAGUGUUGUUGUAUCUUGUUUAUGUUUAUUGGAAGAAUAUCUGUUACACACACGUUCCACAAUGAUGCAUCUUGAAUGAAGAUUACUGAAAAUUGGAGUUUCUCUUGGCUGAUUGACUUGUUGCUGGUUGUCUGAAAUGGGACAUGUGAUUUUCAAUGCAGGGUGAACUACUACAUUGCAGGGAACGCUUUCAUGUCACUGCUGUUGUAAGCAGAGGGAUAUUUAUAUGGUGUUGGGUUUUUUAUAUUUAUUGACUUUUAUAUGGGGCUGUUUACUUGCACUGUUGUUACCUUGACUGCCAAUAUAUUCGUUUUCAAUUGUGCCUUAUUCCUUCUUAAAUGGGUGCUGGCCUUAUUUUUUUUAUUCUGAAUUGAUCAUGUCUAUCCUGAAUCUUUCACUCUUGUACUGUAUCAAUAUGAAACCAAAAGGUUGUUUGGAUGUUUUGGCCUUUUUCAGGUUCAAAGUUUACCUGCCACCCUUGAUGUAUUUAAAACCUGUGUGCCUUUUUAUAUAAUAGUUUGACUUUGGUACUGUUUAUGGACAGGAGAUAUUUUGCGUGUAUGUUGGAUCUAACACAUAUUUUCUUCCACUGAAGACUUCACUGUGUGGCGGAAUAUCACCAGUUGUCUUUGUUUAAGCCAAAGCUGUACUUGAGAAUUACCUCCAUAGCCUAGAUCUCUGUAUGACCAGUGUCAGUCAGGCUAACAUGCCAGGUGGUUUAACCUGAUUGGUUGCCUCGGGUAUAAAACUUGAACGUUCUCAUUCCAGACCUAUUGAAGAGUGGAACACCAUGUGCUGCUUUACCCGUGACGAUCUAAAAUGCUUGUUUGUUAAUAAAAUUACUUUUCGGUAA